GAUGACUGAACGUACUGUCUCUGAAAAGUUAAAUUAUCAGUCAACAGAAAAACAAUCAAGCUAUGGAAUAAGAAAUGUUGAUUUUACAUGGAAGCUAAACAGAUCAACAGAUAACAAACGAGCUACUUUACGGGAUAUAAAUUUUGAAAUAUCAGGUAAAGGUCUUAUUGGAGUAUGUGGAAAAGUAGGGUCAGGAAAGACAACUCUUUUGCACGUAAUUUUAGAAGAAUUGAUUUGUGAUAGAGGAGAAAUUAACGUUCCUGAGAAAAAGUCCUAUUGUUGUCAGGAAACUUGGUUACAACACGAAACUAUUAGGAAUAACAUACUUUUUGGGGAGAGUUUUGACUCAAUUAAAUAUAAAAAAGUUCUUCAUGCUUGUUGUCUAGAAAAAGAUCUGUCCAUUUGGUCUCACGGCGAUCAGACUCUUGUUGGUGAAAGAGGUGUAAUGUUAAGCGGUGGGCAAAAAGCACGAGUUGGUCUAGCAAGAGCAAUUUACCGAAAUGCUGAUAUCUAUAUAUUAGAUGAUCCCAUUAGCGCUCUGGACAAGAAUGUCGCCAGACUAAUAAUGGAGAGGUGUAUUCUUUCUUACUUAAAGGAAAAGGUGGUGAUUCUAGCCACUCAUCAAAUUCAAUUUCUCAGAGAAGCUGAUAUUAUUUACAAGAUUGAAGAUGGAACUUGCACACGAAUACCCAAGUCAAUAGUUGAUUCUCUUCAAUUUGAAGAAAAACACAACGAGCCUAUGAACAUUGAUAAUGAACAAACUUACAUUGCAGAAGAGGACGUGAAAGAAGGUUUGUCCGGAUUAAAGACCUACAUGGACUAUUUCAAAUCAGGAAGUCUUCCAUUAUUUGGGUUUUCUCUACUCCUAUUUCUUGUAAUGUUUUCAUUGAAAAUGUGGUUUGAUACUAUCAUAUCUUCGUUUCUGGUAAAAAAGUUUGACUUUAAUACCCUAAUGGCACUUUUAUGCUUACUAGGAGCAAUGUGCAUGGCUGAACUAGCUCGACAAAUGCUGUAUUACUUGAAUAUUGCGAAAUGUUCAAUAAAUCUUCAUAAUGACAUGUUUGAUAAGAUUAUGAGAGUUUCAAAUAGGUUCUUUGAUGUUAGUCCAAAAGGAAGAAUAUUAAAUAGGUUUUCCCGUGAUCUUGGGUUUGUAGAUGGUACUUUGGGUGGAUUUCUGGAAUUUUUAAUACUCAUUCCUGGUAGUGUUGUUUUAACCUUAGCUAUUGCUGUACGUAAUGUUGUCUAUUUAAUUAUACCGUUUUCUAUUUGCUUUGUUGGAUUGUUUUUCACUGUCCGGUGGGUCAGUGGUAUAUCUAGUGAACUAAGAAGGAUGGAAUGUGUAGCAAGGACGCCUGCCUAUGAACUAUUGGAUGACGUCCUAAGUGGAUUAAUAACAAUUAGAUCUCUCGAUAAAAAACGCCAGUUUAUUGAGGAAUUUUGGGCGAAAAGCGACGUUCAUUCUCAAACUGCAUAUUUGUCGUAUGGGUUUAAUUUUUUUGGAAAUCAUUUAUACUUUUGUUGGACAGGUUUUCUCCAGUUGUCUACUAAUGUUGGAUGCCUUGCUUUUUCCCAUUACUUAGAUCCUAAAGUUGUAGCUGUAAUAUUAAUAUAUAUCAAUUCCCUUAUGUUCCCUCUUAUGUAUUCCUUCAGAGUUUAUUGUGAUUUUGACAAUCAAAUGACUUCUGUCGAAAGAAUAAAGCAAUAUACCCAACUUGAACCCGAAGAAGAUUCUAAUAAAAAAUAUCCUUCACUAGAUUCAAAUUGGCCUAAUGCAGGUAGUCUACAGUUAAGAAACAUGUAUUUUAAAUACGAUAUCAAUCUACCAUAUGUACUAAAAUCUUUAAACCUUAACGUAGAACCAGGGGAAAAGAUUGGAGUAGUAGGGAGGACUGGCGCAGGGAAAAGUUCUUUGAUAGCCGCAUUACUAAGAAUGGGAGAAGUUAAGGGAGAGAUUAUCUUUGAUGGGAAGGAUUUGAUUAGUGAAGUGCCAAUCAAUACUUCCAGAUCUGUUAUAUCAGUAAUACCUCAAGAGCCGACUCUCUUCUCGGGAUCAUAUCGUUCAAACCUAGAUCCGUAUGAUAUGUACACGGAUGACGAUCUCUGGAAUUGUUUGCAAAGAGUACAGCUUUCAUUCAAAAUUGCCAAUCUUAGUAAACAAUUAGAUUCAGAAAUAAUCGAAGGCGGUAAAAAUUUAAGUGUUGGAGAAAAGCAAUUAAUCUGCUUAGCAAGAGCUUUAUUAAAAAAUUCUCAUCUUAUAGUAAUUGACGAGGCUACAGCUAAUGUUGAUAAUGAUACAGAUGAAGGAAUUCAAAACAUAUUAAAAAGUCACUUUAAAAGUUGUUCCAUGAUAACAAUUGCUCAUCGAUUGGAUACUAUUAUGCACUGCGAUAAAAUAUUAGUGAUGGAGUCGGGAACAGCUCGCGAAUUUGGAACUGUUGAAGAACUAUUAGCAAAUCGUGGCUUGCUCUAUAAUUUGGUUAACAGUGGCUCUUCUUCACUGUAA